AGCGAUCUGAUGAUGAGAGACAACCUGUUUGAGAUGGUGACGAGCUCCAGAACCUUCUACAUGCAGGCUGACAGCCCAGAGGGACAUGCACAGCUGGAUAAAGGCGAUCUCAGGAGCCAUCGUGGCUCAGCGAGGCCCCGGACGCUCCGCUAACACUGAGCGCAGUGACCCCCCCUCUCCCUCCCCAACGUCUUCCUCCUCCACCUUCUACUUCCCCCUCGACCAGGAGCUACACCUCCCACCACCACCACCACCACCACCAUCCUCUUCCCCCGGCCGUUCCUCAGCGGGCGCUCAGCCUCUCGCUGGACACGCACCACCACCACCACCACCACCAGGACAACUUCCUGGGCCUGUUGCCAUGGAGACUGAGCGGCGUCCAAACGGUGAUGAUGCCCCUCCCCACCGCCCGCUCCCGCCUGUCGCUGCAGGAGACGGUGCGGUCGUCAAAGUAACGGCGAAGAAAGAGGAGGGGAUUGAGGAGGAGGAGUCGCCAUGGAAACGCCGUAGUGAGAUCGCCCAGUUUGGAUAUGGCGGCGGAUGCGGAGGUGAGGAGGAUUCAGACCUGCAGAUGUCCCUGAUUUGAUGAUGAUGAUGAUGAUGAUGAUGAUGGUGAUAAUGGUGACUGACAAUCUCUUAACACACACUUCCACACAAUUUUCUUCACACACUGAGACAGAAAACAUCCCGACUUUCCCCCAAAUUAUCCCUCCACAAAUCUUCCGAGGACCAGUUGUUGUUUUUUUUAAAUCUAAGUGUUGUUUAACAUGUUGGAUUCUUCUUCUUCUUCUUCUUCUUCCUCUGCUGUAGUUUUUUUUUUCCCUUCACUUUUCUGUCUUCCUUGGCUGUAUUUUACCAGAAAGGGCUGCUGGCAAACAAAAAAUCAGGUUGUCAUGGAAAGAGAAUUUAAAAAAAACAAAACAAAAAAAACAAAAAGUAUCUGGAGCGGGUUUCACGGUUCAAAGUCAAAAACAUACAAACCAAAGUGUGCAGUCGUGUUGGGGUUCCUUCAGCUCAGACGUUACAGGCUGUUAAAGAAGUGCUUGAAAGAAUGUUUAUUUUUUUAAGACAAUCUCGCCUGUAUAUUAUAAAACUUUUAAAUCUUCUGGAGAACCGUCACACUUCCUCUUUUUAUUGCAUCACUUCUUGUAGAAAACGUCACACUUGUCAAACAGAUGCUGUUGUUUUUUUUUUAAGGCUUUAAAGCACUCGGGUCCAGAUUCACUGAGGUUGGAUUAUAUAGUAAAGUUAAAAAUCUGCACAUCCUCCAGUUUUCAGGUCUUUGAAAUUGAGUUUUUUUUUAUUUUUUAGGUUAAUUAAUGGAUUUUUAAAAAAAAAAGCAUAAAUAUGCAGAUGCAGUGGAUUCACUUGUGGAGACAGUGAUGAGCUUUAAGGGGAAAGAAAAGGAGAAAACAUAUAGAUAGGAUGAGGUCCUUGAAUCUAUAAACUGUCCUAAAAGAAGGAACAAGAGAUAUAUUUUUGAGGUUAAUUAAUGGAUUUUUUAAAGCAUAAAUAUGCAUAUAAAAUUUUAUACCUAAAUGAGUUAAUUAGGGUUAAAGAGAUGCAGUGGAUUCACUUGUAGAGGCAGUGAUGAGCUUUAAGGGGAAAGAAAAGGAGAAAUCAUAUAGAUAGGAUGAGGUCCUUGAAUCUAUAAACUAUAUAUUUUUUAGGUUAAUUAAUGGCAUAAAUAUGCAUAUAAAAUUUUAUACCUAAAUGAGUUAAUUAGGGUUAAGGAGAUGCAGUUGAUUCACUUGUAGAGGCAGUGCCGAACUAAGGGAAACUUUAAGGGAAAAAGAAAAGCAGGAGAAUUUAAUAAGGAGAAAUCAUAUAGAUAGCAUGAGGUCCUUGAAUCUAUAAACUAUAUAUUUUUUGAGGUUAAUUAAUGGAUCUUUAAAAGCAUAAAUACGUAUAUGAAUUGUUAUACCUAAAUAUGUUAAUUUCACUGUAAUUGCAGAGAUGCAGUUGAUUCACUUGUAGAGGCGGUGCUGAACUUUAAGGGGAAAACAAAAGCAGGAGAGUUCAAUAAGGAGAAAUCAUAUAAAUGGGAGAAAAAGUCAUAUUUUCAAUCAAUAAGAAGGAACAAGAGAUAUUUUUCAAAGGUUAAUUAAUGGAUAUUUAAAAGAAAUUUCAUACCUAAAUAGGUUAAUUAGGGUUGAGGAGAUGCAGUGGAUUCACUUGUGGAGGCAGUGCUGAGAUUUAAGGGGAAAUAAAAGGAGAAAUCAUAUAAACUGUCCUAUUUUCAAACAAUAAGAAGGAAAAAGAGAUAUUUUUUUUAGGUGAAUUAAUGGAUAUUUAAAAGUAUAAAUAUGCAUAUAGGUGCAUAU